AUGUCAGAAUUGAUGCUUACCAAUCAUAUGUCAAAAACUUUGAGCUCAUCUUAUAUAAAUGAAAUAAGAAAAUUUAAAACAAAAAAGAAAACCUCUACACUUGAUUCAUAUAUUCUACAUAUAUGGAGUACUGAAGAUGGUAGCAAUCAAAGACAAAGAACUCCUGAUGAAUUAAACAUAAUUAAUACUUUUUUGGCAUGUGCUAGUAGUCAGAACCUUAAUGUGCAAUUUAAAAAUGAUAUAGAUGGAUUUGGUUAUCGAAUGCAACAGAAACUUGAAAGAAGAUGGGCAGAUUGGGAACAACCUCUUCUUUUCUUAGCAAUUAUUUUUCACCUGCAAUAUCAUGUUCAGGCUUUGUUUGAUGCUAAUUUUUUUUCUCUUGAAAAAAUAAUAAAAUGGAUUGAAUAUUAUUAUGAAAUUAAUGAAAGAUUUGAAAAUACCAUUGAAGCUAUUUUAGCAGAGGUUGAAACAAAUAAUGCAAAUGGGCUUGCAUUAUUGUGA